ACUCAGGACAGGCAGUCAAAUACAGCUAGAACGUUUGGAAAAGUCAAUUAAUUAUAACAAAAUGUUGGUUCUAGGACUAACAGUGGUACUUUGCUUUCCACUAAUAUGUUUCUCGGUUCCAGUAAUAUCAUCAGAUACAUUGAAACCAGCUGUUAGCGUUCACAAUCAGCAAGUAGUAGCCGGGCUGCUGCAUCAUGUACUGGGAACAUUAGGACACGAAUUAACAAAAGAACGGGAAAUUCCUGAAUUUGAAAAUGAUUAUAAGGCAGAGGAUGAACCAGAUCAUGAACUGCUACACGAUAACACGGCGGAAAUACACCAGACAGAGGAUGAACCAGAUCAUGAACCGCUACACGAUAACAUGGCGGAAAUACAUAAGAAAGAGGGUGAACCAGAUCAUGAACUGCUACACGAUGACAUGGCGGAAAUAUAUAAGGAUUAUGGAUCUCCUGAAUUUGAAACUUAUUUAAAGGCAGAGGAUAAACCAGUUUAUCGUACUCUACAUGAGAACAUGGCAGAAAUACAUGAGCAUUUCUCCGGAAAUGUCUGGGAAAUUCUAGAGAAUUUGCAACAAGUUGCUGAAAUGAGUAACCCAGAUCCUACACCAGUUCUGAAGCAUGAUUGUUUGAGAAAAGCGCUGAAGAAACUGAUCUCGAUGGAAAAAGAUAUGGAGAAGAUGAUCCAAGCAUUGUUAGUAAAAUUUCGACCGAAACGCAUUAAAUGCCCGGAACCGGCUGCCACCGAAUCUAAUGAAGUGAAAAUGUACCACAAGGUCCAUUGUGUAAUAGCCGUUGUAUCGGAGCUGAUGACUCAAGCACAAAAAUUGAUUGACGACUACUCUUCGGGCAACAUUCAGAUCGGUGAUGUUGUGGAUCUGUUAAAUUUGGAUUUGGAUAUGAAGAAAAUUAGUGACGAUCUUUUGGAGAUGUCCGCAGCUAAGACUGGUUACUUUGAUGACUAUGAUUCAGCUGAUUACGAUGAUGACUAUUAUAACUAUGAUUCAGCUGAUUACAAUGAUGACUAUUACAACUAUGAUUCAGCCGAUUACAAUGAUGAUUAUUAUAACUAUGAUUCAGCUGAUUACGAUGAUGACUAUAACUAUGAUUCAGCCGAUUACAAUGAUGAGUAUUAUAACUAUGAUUCAGCUGAUUACGAUGAUGACUAUUAUUACAAUGAUAACUAUGAUAAUUAUGAAUAUUAUGAUUACGAUAACGAUACAUUUUAUGAUUAUAACAAUACCGAUUAUCACGAUUACUAUAAUGAUAAUUUACCUUUUCAACAAGACGUUCCAUACCAUAUUCCUGACGAACACUUAAGGCCUGCAAUGGGUCCUCGUUUUCAUGACAGACACAUGGAUCCUCAUUACCAUGGCAGACACAUGGGUCCUCAUUUCCGUGGCAGACACAUGGGUCCUCAUUUUCAUGGCAGACACAUGGAUCCUCAUUUCCGUGGCAGACACAUGGGUCCUCAUUUCCAUGGCAGACACGUGGGUCCUAAUUUCCCACAUAGACACCUGGGUCCUGGGAAUACCUAUUUCAACAACCACCAACAGAGAUACGACUACGACAACGAUGUGAACAAUAACGAUAAUAACGACUAUAACAUGAAUACGAGUCCCCACGAGACCGGUAUGUAUCCCAACGAAGGCGAUACGUAUCUCAACCAACAUGAUUCUGGUAUAUAUCCCAAUUCCCACGACGGCGAUACGUAUCCCAGCCAACAUGGUUCUGAUAUGUAUCCUGGCCAACAUGAGGGCUAUUUGCAUCCGAAUGAUGAUAUGAUGAACAACAAUCAGAACAACUUCGACCAGUAUAAGGACCACGAUUACCACACUACUGGUUACAACUACCAUAAUGACAACCCCAACGGCUACAACAAUGACAAUGAUGCAUAUGGCAUGCAUACCACGCAACACGAGGGUUUUAUGCAUCCGAAUGAUGAUAUGACGAACAACAAUCAUAAUAACAUCGACCAGUAUAACGACCACGAUUACCACACUACCGAUUACAACUACCAGAAUGACAACCCCAAUUACAACUACCAGAAUGACAACCACGAUGACAACUACCAGUACCACGACGAUUACAACUACCAGUACCACGAUGAAAACACAGAUUACUAUGGAAGCGUAGAUAAUCUGAAUGAUGAUGAUAUGAAUUCCAAUGAGGAAAUCGUAAAUACAAAUGAUGCUGAGCACAAUAUUAACAUUCACGGUGAUACUUGGAGCUGGGUUCAUGUACUGAAAAAUCACCCAUUCUUUUCUAAUUUAGUUCAUAGAAAAUGAAGAAUUUCCCACCUAUUUUAACCUUUUAUACCAAUCAUAGUCUGUCAAUUUGAGAAUAUAUUUUAUCUUUAAAUCCAAUUAAACUUUAAGCAGUGUGUAUUAUGUACAUCAAAAAAAUAAUAAUCUUUCUAGGUAAAACCCAUCUUCAUUAGCCCAGUCGGUGUCGAAAAGGGGGACGUUAAACUCCAUUUCAUUUGUGAGAUAAAUUAUCGGGUUAAAAAUCCGAUGACUGUUUCGUUUCGUUUUAUUUUUGAUGUUGUGUACUACAUUGUAAUCUGACAUAGCUUUUUGGCUAUCCGGGUUCUUACUGACCAACCAGACUGCCCGUAUUGCUGUUAACGGGAAUUGUGGGGAUUUUAAAACCAAGUGUACAAGGGCUAAAUCUGUUUGUUAAGGCCAGCUCAAUUUUCGUCUAGGUCGCUGAGAUGUAAAUAUAGUUCGGGCACGUGAUUGUUGGCGAGAUUGUAGGUUAGGGUUUGGGUAAGCAUUAGGGCUAGGUCCAGGGUUAGGUUUAACCAAACUUGAAGUUAGCCUUAUCAAAUAAAUCUAACCGCGUACAGCGAUGAUUCUGAGUUUAAUUGUAUGUUCCCAGGUAGAACACUUUUGUGUUGGAUUACAAUGUACUGUAAAAAACAAUAAACGAAACGAAAUUGUAAUCUAAUCAUUUUAAAUUUCGAUUCAUUUCAUUAUCCACACCCUAACCUCAAUCAAGUCGUCAAAGAAUUUGGUUAGUUACCAGACACGCCAAAUAACCGACUUAACCAAUCAAACUAAUGUGGCCAUUUAUGAUUAAUCCAAAAAAGAUCAAGGCUCCUGAAACCCCUUUUAAGCUCAAUUGAAGAAGAUUACUCAGUCGUAAUCAAAAUCUUAUAUCGAACUGUUUCAUGUAAUUACCUUAUAACCAAAAUAAAUAUGU